AUGGCAACCCAAUCGGAGGCAAGUGGCGUCAUCUCAACUUCCGCGGCGACGCAAAUCACGGAGCGGUUAGCUAAUCUGCUCGCCGAAAGGAGUGCUACGGACAUUGUAAACCCGCUUGGAACCCUCGACGAUUGCCUCGCAACCCGUCUGUCUCUGCUGGAAUCUGCAGUCGAACGUCAGGUUGCCGAUGUAGGGCAACGCCUCAAUGACGGCCUUUCGUCCGUGGAAUCUCGAAUUCGACUGCCUGUGCACCACGGACCGCCACUCAAGCUGCCGACAUUCGAUGGGCAGUCGUCAUGGCAAGCCUUUAUCAUCCAAUUCGAAACGGUUGCGGACUUUUACGGGUUCGACUCAACGUCCAGAGCUCGUGCAAUGGUGGCCCAGUUAAGGGGGAACGCUGCUGAAUGUUUGGAGAGCAUGUCUGCCACAAGUCGUUCCUCAUAUCAACUACUCAUAGAAGCUCUAAAGUCCCGCUUUGGUGAUGAACAUCUCCAGCAAUUUCACCUGACUGCUUUAAAGCACCACCGCCAAGGCACGGACACACUCCAGGAGCUAGCUGACGUAAUCCAGAGGAUGGCGAGAAGAGCGCUCGUUGGAUGUACGGAAGUCGACUUGGAGCAGAUAGCAACCACUGCUUUCAUCGACGCAAUCGAAGACACCGACAUCCAGCUUCUUGUGCGACUCGCCCACCCAACCACGACUCGUGCAGCACUGGCUCGCGCACUCGAAGUUCAAGCAGCCAACAAAGCAAUGGACAUGGUGUCGACAUCUGGAAUCAAGCUUUCACGGGUGGCUCACCGAUCUUCUCCGGUACGUUCAAGUAAACGGCGUUGCUUCACGUGUGGUGACAUUGGGCACUUAGCUCGAUCCCGCCCAAAUCACUUGGCCCCGUGCAAAAUGCAACCUAUCCCAACGCCAAACGUUUCAAGUGACAGUGAGCCUGGCAAGGUUGAGUCUCAUGUAGUGCAUCAUGUUCCUCUGGUGACAACGCCAGUGCGCACCUCGCCAACGCCAUGUCUUUCAGUUCAUCUUCAUGAGUUGGGACAACAUGUGAAUGCUAUCGUGGACACCGGAGCUGCAGUAAGUCUAAUCGAUUAUGCAUUACUGCAAUCAGCAAAGUGUACCACGCCCAAGACACUUCCUGGUACCGUCUGUCUUAUAUCAGCCGACGGUUCUACAAUCGAACAAGAAGGACAGAUCUCGUUGACUGUAGAAACUUUAGGAACAACAGUCAACCUCCCCUUUGUGAACAUUGUUUGUCAGCCGUACCAACUUUCAGCACUGGCGAUCAGUCCAGUUGUUCUGCGACAGAGUUGCCCCAAGGAGAUAGCGGGGGAAGCAAAGAAGCAAUUUCCUGGAAUUUUGAGAACUUAUUCGAUGGAUUUAUCCUAG